AUCAAAUAAGACUGUAACCCCUGGGCGGGGACCGGAGCUCGGUGCGUGGGUAGGAAGCGGCCGCGGCAGCUGUUGAGGGAGGAAAAUGGCGGCCGCCGCCGCCGCCGCCGCCGCCGCCGCGCAGCUCACUGAUGAGGAGCUUUUCUCCGAGCUGAGGCGACUCGGCUUCUCCCCGGGACCGGUGACGGAGAGCACCCGACCAGUCUACCUGAAGAAGCUCAAGAAGCUCCGAGAGGAAGAACGGGUUGGCGGGGCCCGCGCCGCCAACAAGACCCGGAACAGUAACAACAAUAACCCGGGGGCAGGCGGCGGCGGCGGGACUAGGCUGGCCAACGCCGACCUUUCCUCCCUGUCUGGGGCGGCUGGCGGCGGGAGCGGACGGGUUCGCGGAGCUCCCCUCAGUGGCGGCGGCGGCGGCGGCGGCAAAGUCCUACUAGGCUUUAGCUCUGACGAAUCGGAUGUGGAGGCCAGUCCCAGGGGUCAGGCUGGCGCCGCUGGCAACCGGAGGGAACGGGGUUCAGCCUCACGCCGGGACGCGAGGCCUGCAGCCGUUUUGGACGCUUCCUGCCUCAAUAACAGCACCUUGGUGGAGGUGCCGGCUCGGAGGAAGCCCAAUGCCUGGUGGGGAGCAACUGCUAGACGGGCGACGGUCGCGGCUGGGACUGAGGAGCAGACUGAGGGAGGAAGAGAGUUCGGGGACGGUGGUGAAGAGAACGACGAGGAGGAGGAGGAGGAGGAGGCCGAAGAAGAGCCGCAGCAGGAACGCUGUAAGAACCGGGCAGUGAACGGGAACAGGUUCGUUUCCUACAGCGGCGCCAGUAGGAGGGACAAGUAUUCGGACUCGGAAGAGGAAGAGCCGGCGGCGGCAGAGACAGGGGAUAGGCGGCCGGUAUUGAGAGAGGAGUCGCAUGCCCGUCACUACCUGGCCAGAAGGAGCCUUAGUAAGUUCGUUCCCCCAUUCUUGGCUCAUGCAUGUCCUGCAGCCGGUGAUGGCUUGAUUGAGACUGGCCCCGGUGGCCUUUCAGUGAAUGUCAGGGUGGUGGCCCCUACUGCUGGGAACAGUGACAGGGGGAGAAGUCGGGAGGAGGAGGAAGCAGCUGUGACAAAAAGUGGUGAAUACUUUGACUCAAGUCCACUCAUCCCCAGAUACCGCAGCAGCUCUGCUAAAAAAGCCCACCAGCUGUUUCUUCCCCCACUGCUCACUGACUUGGACAGUAGCAAAAUGACUGAUUCUUUGGGUGGUAACAGGAAACCAGCCAACAAUCAUAUCCUCAGUGGUGGCUACAAUGCUGAACCUAGGAUAUAUACUGCUACCAACAGCCUCUCUCCAGGUGCUACCACUUCCUCCUCCACUAGAAUUAAUCACUCCAACCACACAGGUUCAAACCAUACUUAUCCAAAGAACACCUACAAACAAAAGCUUUCAGAGCCUGAGGAGGAUCUUCUGCAGCAGUUUAAGAGAGAAGAAAUAUCCGCUACUGGAGGUUUCAGUGCUCAUUACCUGUCUAUGUUCCUCUUAACUGCUGCAUGCUUGUUCUUUCUGAUACUGGGGCUCACGUACCUAAGAAUGAGAGGUUCGGAAAUAACUGAGGAUGUAGGAGUUGACAAUAAAAAUCUGUUCACUGGGAAGCUUAAUAUAAACGCAAAUGAAACAACUCUAAUGAGUAGCUUAUAUAAACUUCAUGAUAAACUGGCACAAAUAGCAGGUGAUCAUGAAUGCGGCAACUCUAUCAAGAAAGGUCUUUCUCUUCAGGAGGCGGCUAUAUAUUUGAAAAGUUUAGGUCCAGAAUACGAAAAUGUAUUUAACGAAUCCCUGCAAUGGAUUCUAAAUAGUGGAGAAGACGUUGGCAUUAAGUUUGUUGACAAGAGUUCAGAUGAGGAUUCCAUAACCAACACAGCUGAUCUAAAAUACCUGGUAUCAACUAGGCCACAGAUGUCUUUUACAUGUCGUUUUCGUCGUGCAUUUAUUACUGUAACAUGUAAAUCAUUAAUUCUGCUUUUAGGCGUGGGAAUGGCUUGGGGAGUUUUAAGGUAUAUGAAAUAUCGGUGGUCUAAGGAAGAGGAGGAGACUAGACAGAUGUAUGAUAUGGUUGUAAAAAUUAUAGAUGUUUUAAGAAGCCACAAUGAAGCAUGCCAGGAAAACAGAGACUUGCAGCCAUACAUGCCUAUUCCACAUGUACGAGAUUCUUUGAUUCCACCUCAGAACAGGAGAAAAAUGAAGCAAGUGUGGGAUAGAGCUGUUGAUUUCCUUGCUGCUAAUGAAUCUAGAGUUCGCACAGAAACACGAAGAAUAGGUGGCACUGACUUCCUGGUUUGGAGGUGGAUACAGCCAUCAGCAUCAUGUGAUAAAAUGUUAGUCAUACCAUCUAAAGUAUGGCAGGGGCAAGCAUUUCAUUUAGAUAGAAGAAAUUCACCACCGAAUAGUUUGACACCAUGCUUAAAGAUUCGCAAUAUGUUUGAUCCAGUUAUGGAAAUAGGUGAUCAUUGGCAUUUGGCAAUUCAAGAAGCAAUUUUGGAAAAAUGCAGCGAUAAUGAGGGAAUUGUUCACAUAGCAGUGGACAAAAAUUCACGUGAGGGUUGUGUGUAUGUCAAGUGUUUGUCUCCAGAAUAUGCUGGAAAAGCUUUUAAAGCAUUACAUGGAUCUUGGUUUGAUGGAAAACUGGUAACUGUAAAAUAUUUACGGCUAGAUCGAUAUCAUCAUCGUUUUCCCCAGGCUAUUACUUGCAAUGCUCCAUUGAAGCCAUCAAAUACACGCAUGAACUCAAUGUCACAUCUUCGCCUCCGGACAGGCGCAACUAACUCUCAGGGAAACUCCUGAGACACCUUACUGCUACUAGAACUGUUGACUUGCAGCAGGAAGCAAUCCUGUCUGGUCCUGUCUUCCACUUUUAGUACUUUUUGUAUGUAACAUUUUCAUUCAUCAAUGUUCCAGACGUCUCAUUUUUCAGGAUGUCUGAGCCAUGAGGCAGUAAUAUUGAAUUAUAAGAACUAUUGUUCAAUUAAGUGUUUUGGAGCUCAAGCGAAUGAACACAUUAUGUUUUGCAUGACAAAUGUUGAAUUUAUUAAACAUUCUCAGAUGUGGCUGUAUUUUUGCACCAACAAGUGUUUGAUGACAGUCUAAAAGCAUGGAGAUGUACUGUAUUUCCAUAGUUCCUGUGAAAUAAUCUUGUGGGUAUUUUGUAACACAACCACCUACAGUUUCUGAUGGCAAGUAAGUAGAAGUGUUAGUUUUUGUCUGGUUUUUUGUUUCUGUUGCUGUAAAAGCUUCAUCUUUGUCAGCCUAGGAAUGGGAAAUAAAUCUUGUCUUGGUCAAUGCAGAGGAAAAACCAACUGAAUGCAGGUGUACUGAUUUUGUAUAUAAAUAUAGAUGCUGGUGGUGGCGGCAGCAAAAGUAAUCUUGUUUUGUGAGGAUGUUUGCAUUAAAGCAGUGAAUAAGCUUCCUAUUUUAUUCAUAAUCUAAUGUUUUAUACGUUUUGGCUGUACCAUUACAUAAAGGCCAAACACCUCAAAGUAUUAGAUACAAGUUAAAUAUCUUUUAUAGGUUUUAUAUUAAAAUAUACGGUUAUGAUUUUUGUGUGAAUGGUCUGAUGUUGUAACUGUGAUAAUGGAUUCAAAAUUAUGUGAGCAAUAAAGAUGCAAUUGGCAGGUACUCAAAUGCUUUGUGAAAAGCUGUUAUUUAUUAUCUGGCAACGUACCACUGGGGAAUAUACUUUCCUAUAUGGUUUUGCUACCUAGACAUGUGUAAAACUAAAAAAGAUGCACAUGGGAAGCAAAAUCUUGAUUGACAGAGCUUAGAAGUGCAGUACAUUUACAGGAAGAGUUUAUGUUCAGUAUUAAAUGUGUGCAUUGUUUACACCUAAAACUGCAAAAUUGUUGAUGUUUAGUUGAAAAUAGAAAAUAAUUGGAUAUAGCAAUUCCUGUAGAAGCUGCAUAAUUUGUCUGUCCACCUAGAUAUUGCAUAGGUGAAGAGAUGGGAAACCAGCCAGUUUAAAAUACAUUUAUUAAAGCCCAGUUUUUAUUGUAGAUACAGGUCUGCAGCAUGAACUUGCACAAAUGCACGUUUUCUUAUGGUUAAGUGAACAUGAUGCACACUUCUGUAACAAAAAAUCCUAUUGUGCCUUACCUUUGUGCUUUUUUGUGGGCAACAAGUUUAAUAAUGAACGGUUUCUUAUCUUGGGGGGGGGGGCUUGUUUUAUGUCCUAGAUGCUAAUGAACAAGUGUAUGUAAUAUAAUGAGCCAUGCAAAAUUCUACUCACCAAGAACAAGUACAUAUUUUUGACCAGCGAGUAGAUUUUGUCAGGUCUGGUAGAUUUCUCAUAUUUACUAUAUACAUAUACAAAUAUGUACAAUAUAUAUGUAUAUGUAUUAUAUGUAUAUAAUCAGAUUUUGCUGUAUUUGUGCAUCAUAGUGAUUUAUUGAGCUGAGUAACCAUCUUGUGACCUGUUGCAAGUGUGAAUGUAAAAUUUAGUUGUGGCCGUUUAAAAGGUUGCCUUUUGAUGCAGAUGCAUCUUUCUUGCUUCUAAACUAUUUGUAAACACACUGUACAUUUAUUAUAGUAAUCUGUAUUAUUAUGCAGCUUAUUUUACCUUUAAAAUGUUGACCAAUAUUCCUCCCUGCAAGACAGAUGGGAAUGUGUAUAAUACCUUGGACAUUUGAGAAAAACCAGAAGUUUGUAAUUUGUCAUUUGUCCUGUAAAAACACAAAAGCAAAACAAAACUAAUUAAAAAUUUAUUAGGGCUUUUUA